AUGUCGUUCGCACCAGGUCGAUCCCCGCUUCCUGUUGUCAACAGGUCCGUGAUGGAGAAUGAGGAGGCGGGAGAUGUGCCGUUCCGUGAGGUGGUGGGAUGCCUAAUGUGGAUCGCCAGCCAGACGAGACCCGACAUCUCUAAUGCUGUGCGGGCUGUGGCAAGACACUCCCACGAGCCGAAGUUAAGCCACUGGAAGGCAGCUCCGAAGGUCCUGAAUUAUCUUCUGGGCACGGCACAUCUUAGUUUAAACUUCAAGCGGGAUAGUUCGGUAGACGUAGGGACUUUGGUGUACGUAGAUGCCGACUUUGCCAGCAAGGCCACUGACCGUAGAUCCGUUUCUGGAGCGUUGGUUUUUGUGGCCGGAAUGCUUGUCGUUUGGACUUCCAGGACGCAGAAAUGCGUCGCUCAGUCGACUUCGGAAGCAGAGUACCUAGCGAUGGAGGACAACGAGGGGGCGAUUGCGCUUGCUGAUAAUCCGCUUAGCUCGGGGAUAAGUAAGCACAUCGACGUAAGGCACCACUUUCUCCGGAGCUUGACCGAGGAGGGUAGGAUCAAGAUCUCGCAUGUUAGCAGUAAGGAGCAACAUGCAGACAUUCUGACGAAAGCUUUGCCGCGAGCGCUUUUCGAAGUUAACCGUGACAUUGUGCUUGGCUUGAGCGAGAAGGAGAAGUCGGAGGUCGUCGAUACAACAGCCCCUAGGGAGGGUGUUCGUGGUAGCGGCACGUGUAUCGACUCAAUGGCGGGGUAUAUCUGA